AUGUUAGGUAUUCUAUGGAGUUGUACUGCUGUAAAUGUUAACUACUCCUUACAGGUACAUAGUUUCAUCAGUGUUGGAGGUGCAAACUAUGGAAUUGAGCACUGCCCAUCGGAGAAAAAUUUAUGCAAUCUGAAGAGUUCGUUGAAUUGCAAUUCUAAGUUAGUGAAAGAAAUGCGAGCCCAACAAAGUCACUUCGAAGGCCAACGAACAUUGGCCAUCUACAGUACAGGCGACCAUACGAUUGGGCGACGAUGCUGCGGGACAGAAUGUGCUAGCCUAAGAAAUGCUUCUGAGGUGUAUGUACUCGGAAGGAUCGGUCAUCGCUCAAUUUUGUACGGCACAAUGCAGAAACAAUUCGAAUUCAUCUCCAAUUCGAGUUCACGCAUCCAUGAACCAACGCAGAAGGCUCUGAAACGCCGCUCGCUUCAACUACCAGCCAACUCAACAAGCGAUAGUGAACUCAGUGGAACAUUUCAAAAUUCAACCGAAGUGACAACAGUUACGAUAACUUCAUCGGCUUCA